AUGCCGCCAAUCGAUAGACGCGAUUUGAUGAUCGAUGCCAUUCAAAGUAAGAUAAUUCAGGCCCGGUGCGAUUUGGAACGCUACAGAGAGGAGUACAAUCAAUGCCAGGAGUUUCUCGCCAGGGAGCAGGAGCAGCGCGUUCAAUUGGAUGCGGAGAAUCAGUGUCUGCAGCGUCGUAACUCUCAACUGGAGGCCGAGCUAGAGAUGGUCAAGGCCACCCUGCAGGAGGCCACUGCAGCGCUGAGUGAGGGCACACGUUUGCGCAGGGCUCUCGAACAACGUGAAGUAUUGCUUAGCGAAAAGAUCCAGAUGCUUAGAUAUCAAGCACAGAAGGCCAAGGAGCAUGCACAAGAAUCGAAUCGAUUGACCCAGGAGAGUAUCCAUCGCUCGAGCGAGCUACGCGAUCGUUUGACACAAUGUGAAAAGAAAAUGGAACAGUGUGAGGAUGCCAAUCUCAAGCUGAAAGCCGAUCUUCGUGGCAAACGGGCCUGUUGCAAGCAGUGUGCCGGAGGACCUUCAUCUCAAGAAAAAGCCCUUCUGGAGCGCAAGAUCGAAGAACUCUAUGCCCAGCUGAAGGAAAGUGAGGGACGGGCUCAGGUUGCCGAGGCAAAUGUCCAGCAAUUGCAGCGAGCUUCCGAGCGUCUUGAUCGCCACUGGCAGCAGCGUUUGGCAGAGAUGAAUAUAACUGCUACCCGAAACCCAAAACCAUGCCAACACUACUUAAAGCAUAAUCAAAAUUGUAAUCAGUAA